AUGCACCAACCCCCCGAAACCAGCAUAAGUCCGCGUGUUCCACCACACUGUGACAGUCAGACCUCAUACAGAGACGGAGGCGAAGUUCGGUGCCACUGCAACCUCCCUCGCUGCGUCACGGUGGGCUACAUGUGCAAGAGCACCCUGGGCGCCUGCUUUACACGCCCCACGCCCAUGCCCACGCCCGCGCCCGCCACCCGCAGGCUCUACCAGCGGAGGACGCCCACGCACGGAUGCCUGGAGCUUUUGCCUGAAGACAGGCAUGCAGAAUGUGCUACUAAGGCUGGAGUCUCAAACAAGAGCAUUAUACUGAGGUCACAGAAAACAUCAGCCAAGAUGGUAGAAACUACUUCAAACAGUGCCUCACGUCCUACACCUUCUGCCAGUCCCACCCUUCCUCCAGCUGACCCCAAUCUGACGUGCUGUAGCCAGGAUAUGUGCAAUUAUCGAGACAUGGAUGUCUUCAUAAGGGUAGACAAGACUAAUACCCAGAUAGAUUACGGCAGAGGGGAAUCAGAAAUGCUGGAGACAGUGUGGUUCCGAGCAGCCACCAUCGCAGUGCCCAUAGCAGGAGGGUUCAUCCUCAUUGUGUUAGUCUUCCUGGCUAGCAGAAUGCUGGCCAAGGAAAACAAGAGGCAGAGGAUGGCCCAGGUGAUUAACGAAAGGUACCUGAAGGCUCCCCUGUAUCCUGGGGGCUGUGUUGCUGAGCCCUUGCCGCCGCCACAGCACUCCCUCUACUACCACCCACCACUGCUCAAGAACAUUUCGCUGGGCCACGUCAAUCUGCGGGCAUCGUAUGAGGACAAGCCACCUAGCUACCGCUCCCCAGGGAUGCACGUCUGCAGCCUCGAGGAGAUCCGGCCCCUGAAUGGGGUGAUGGGCAUACCUGAUGGGGGAGGAGGAGGAUUACAGGGCGGGAUGCACUGGGACCAGAGAGGGGCUGAGUCACCUCUCCCAUCAUGAGGGGAAAGAGGGAAAGAAGGCCUCUGUUAGGGGCUGAAAGGACAAUCGCAAAUCACCAAAGAGGCAUUUUGUUCUGGCUUUCUGAAGGCGGGUGGUAUGUCUAGGCGGUGAAGCCAUUGCAGAAUCAUUUUUUUAAUCAACAUUUUAUUUUCUACUUGUAUAUCCUUUUUCACUCUCUAUAUGGAAAGAGUUUCCACUGAACUACAGAUCUACCUUUACCACAUUGUGUAAACUGGUAGUUGGCAUGGGCUUUGGUGGACUUUCCUUCUCUGGCAACGGUGCAUCAAAUGCCCCAUACUGUGCUGAUGACUCUCCUAUGGAUGGCACAGUUAGAAAUUUUUAAGGAAAAACUCGGAAGUGAAUGUAUUAUAUAUAUAUGUAUAUUUUUUCCCAGUUUCUAGUGUCACAUUAUAGUGAAACAGGUACUGUACUGUAAUGAUAUUCUUGAAGAAGUGCUAGUCUAAAUCCUGUCUGCAACAAAAACUAUCAGUAUCAGUCUUGUUGGCUGAAUGUUUAUUGAAAAUCAGGUGUUAUGUGAAAUUUUCCAUUACAUACAGAAGUGAUGUGAAACUAUUCUUUUUUUAUUGCUCAAAAGACAUUGAAAGAAAGCAAGUCAAGUUUGUUAAUUUUGCAGGCAUUGUGUGAGCAUUGAUCCUUGAUCAGUAACUCAUGCUUGUAAAUGCUUCAGAAUAUAUUUUUUUUCAUAAUAAGUUAUUCCAACUUAUAUUUUUCCAUUGUAAAAAAAAAAAGAAAGAACAAAAAAAGAAGAAAAAAAAGACACUCCUUUGGAAUACUGUUGUAAUAUCUGUGAUUCCCAACCUGUGGAAGCAGUUUUGCAGAAACAUUUUUUUGUUUUUUGUUUUUGUCACAUGAAGUCAGUGCUUCUGCAGCCUUGGUGCUCUCUUGCAAUAGUUUUCCAUAUAGGGUCAUUUGUAUUUGAAGGUAAUAUGUGUAUACAUUACAGUGCAAUAAUAUCAGUCUUGAAAACAUUAGGUUGGCUGUUAGGCAUCUGAUGGUGCAGCUUAUCUAUCAGCAAAUCUUUGUAAUAGUCUGAUGCUUCAGAUGAUACCCUCAAAUGUUUUUGUAAGCCAUGAAUGCCUGAAAUGCUGCAUAGACUUGGUUGGCUCUUGUGGUUAUUGGAAGAUGGUACAGUGAAUUUUGGAAAUAAUUGUUAAAGACCAGUGCUAUGCAAAAUGGCUCUCCAUCAGUUAAGUGAAACUUUUAAAAAGUAAAAGAAGAAAAACCAAUUCAUUCUGAUAACAAAAGAAAAGGACAAGAAAGCUACUUACAUAGGCACUCAAUUAAAUUUCUCUCUUUUCUAUUUCCUCCUCCUCCUCUAUUAGGACUGAGGAAGUGUUGGAGUUACAUGGCCUUACAUGGUCCAUUAGCCAAUCCUGUUAUUCUAUAUUCUGUAAUACUGUGUUGGUGCAGUAUCAUUUCUUUUGCCUGGAUGUGCCUCUAGUUAUCAGACAGAAAUGAACCACUUAAUAUGAGUCAUUGCUAUAAAUUCCACAAUAAGAAGGGCACUGAGCUUCAUGUAUUGUGAAACCUCUCCUUUCCUCUCUCUCUCUCUCUCUUUCUCUCUCUUCUCUCUCAUCUUCCUUAUCCACAUACAUAAGUCAAAAAGGGAUAAACAUUAUCAAAUCACCUUUUUUCCAAUAACCAACUUUUAUAUAUAUAUAUAUAUAUAUAUUUUUAUUUUGCACAUCCAGGGUCUCACAAUUACACCUGGAUUCAUAGUCUGUGAUAUUCUUUUAUUUGCUAGUUAUUGUUCUAUAUUAAGUGGUAUUGUAUUGUUAUGGUGCUUUAUUCGAGGACAGCGUUAUUCCCAUAAACACAAUCUCAGGAUUUUCAGUAAGUAAAUAUGAACAAAACUAUGUCAUUCUGGUUCCUGUUCAAAUUAAUGAUAAACAAAAUAAAACUAAUGUGUGGUACAUUUUGUUGCAGUAAUUACAAAUUCAGAAUAUUAUGCAUUGUACUGAAUUGAUUAGUUUGUGUUGUAUUAUGUGUACUUUGAUACAUGAACCUCCUGAACAUGUUACGUAUCCUAAAAUUUGGAACUUGUUUCCUAUAAUUUAGAUGAUCUUUUUCUCCAUCUCUGUCUUUUAGUAUUAUCAUCAUCCUUUAAUUUUUUACCACUUUCUUUUCCUUCUUUGUAAUUUCUUUCUGUUUUGUAUUAUCAAAAGGUCAAAGUGAUUAUGGAAUUAUUCAUUCUUGCCUUUUUUUUUUAUUAUUACAAUGGUGUAUUUUACAAAAUGGACAAGAACUUUCCAUAAACCCUUAAAUGGUAGGCAGUAUGUAAAAUCAACAGCAUAUGUGUGGUGCUUAAAAUAUUUUUUUAGAACCAGAAGAAAAAGAAGGGCUAGGAUUAGCCAGAAUAAACACAAGUAGUUGAAAACUGUUGAAAAAAAGCAUAUGAUAUUUACUUAAGAAUGCAUACAGGCUUACUUGAUAAGAAAUGAGAGGAAUGUUGAUGUGUCAACUGCAAGCAACAAUUGAGAGCAGGCAAAACAUAACGGUUAUCAUGAUCAUCAAUAUGAUACAGGAAUGGUAAUUAUGAUCAUUAUUAUAAUGAUUAUCAGGUUCUGUGGGGAUGGGGGAUAAGAGAGGAAUGCACCACAGCUAUAUCAUCCAUUUGCUUCAGAAAAUAAGGCCUGGAAAUGUGGUAUCCACCCUACCCUUAUGCUGUUGAUUUGGAGUGUUACCUGUCGUUUAGGGGUACAGGGAAAAAUAUUGCAUGAAUCAAAGGAAUUUAUAUUUAUUAUUAAUCACAAAUUGUUCUUAUUUUGUUAAAUAUUUGUUUAUUGUGAUUUUCCUUUAGUUAUAUUCUCAUCAUUUUUUUUUUCUUUUAAUAUUUCUUCCAAUCUAUGCAUAAAUUAGAAAUAACCAAGAUUUACAGAUGUCUUUCAAGUAAAACCAGUAAGUUAUAUGACAUUUAUGGCAACUAAAUGCUGGAAAUGAUAAAAUGUUAAACCUGAAACAUUCAUAGGAAUUAUAGUAUAAUAGUGUAUUGGAAACAUUCCAGAUUUUUCAUUUUAUUUAUUACUACAAUUUUUUUUUUGCUAUGAAAUUGAUGAGACACUAUUGAUAUGUUGAAAUGAGAAUGAUAUUUUGGGUUCAUUUUAAGGCACUAUGUUUUGUUUUAUUAGUUAUUCCAGUGUAGUCUAUUUAUAUUGUAGGAAAAAUAGUAAGUAAAACAAACAUACAAAAAUAGAUUAAAGGUUUGAAAAAUGUUCUUGCUUUAGGAAUAUUCCUUUUUUCUCUCUUUAGUGUACUAUAUAUUCAUUUCAGAUAUUGACUAGUUCCUACUUCUUGCAUUCCUUAACCCUUAUGAAAACUUUCUCAUCACAAAAGUAAUGUGGUGAGUGUCAGUGUAACAUUUCCUCUUGUAUUUCAAUUCACAUCUCAUUCUGCCUUCAUAAAAAGAAGAGUUAUAGGGUGAAAUAGUUGUAAAACAACUACAUGAAGUGUUGUUAUUUUUUAUAAGAAAAUUUUUCAUAUUCCACACACUCACAUGUACAUGUACAGUAUGUUCACAUGCACAACAAUGUGCUCACAUACAUGCUCUCUCUCUCUCUCUCUCUCUCUCUCUCUCUCUCUCUCUCUCUCUCUCUCUCUCUCUCUCUCUCUCACUCACUCUCACUCACUCACUCACUCACUCACUCACUCACUCACACACUCACUCACUCACUCACUCACUCACUCACUCACUCACUCACUCACUCACACACACACACACACACACACACACACACACACACACACACACACACACACACACACACACACACACACACACACACACACACACACACACACACACACACACACACACACACACACACACACACACACACACACACACACACACACUCACACACACACACACACACACACACACACUCACACACACACACACACACACACACACACACACACACACUCACACACACACACACACACACACACACACACACACACACACACACACACACACACACACACACACACACACACACACACACACACACACAUACAUUGCAAAAUAUUUUAUGGUCUUAUAAAUUCACCUCAAGUACUGGUUAUUUGUUCCAUCUGUUCAUUUAAGACUAGUACCAAUUACUGUACCAUAAUUAUCAUCAUUAUCAUUAAUUCUCUCCUGGUUUUUCCUAUUAUCCAUUUUCCCGAAACAUGCUAUUGGAAAAGUCGGACUGUGUUUGCUGUCCUCGUAAGUCAACUGUAUAAUUUACAUUGUUAUCCUUCAAUUAUGAAUAGGUUUAUCGAGACCUACAUCUCCACAAUUUCGAGAAGGUUCUAGUACGGGCUCGAUGAUGUAGUCUGAUGAUUGAAAAAAUAUGCAUUACAAUUUUUGUAAAGGAACUGAAGUAUUUAUUAAAAAAAAAUAUGUAUAUAUUA